AUGGUGUAUAUGAAACUGGCUGCAUUGGCACCCUUAUUAUUUUCUGCUGAAGCUUUUGUGCUUCCAGGCUUGUUCCAACAAGAGUUUGCUACCCCUGAAUUGCAACAAUUCCUAGAAGUAAAUGGAGAAUUGACUCCUCAGGUUAUUAAGGAAUCUCUAGACGCUAACUUCUGGAAACCUCAUGUUCCAUACUUCUUAAAGCCUUUAGUUGAAACUGAGAAAUUACAAGAAAAGAUUCAAUUGGAAGAUUUGAAUACUACUGCUCAAGACUUGUAUGAACUGGCUAAGAAAUCUAGAAAGAAAUAUGGUCAUCCAACUCGUGUCAUUGGUUCUCCAGGUCACUGGGCUACCAUUGAUUAUAUCUUGGAGGCUUUAGAUGGUAUGUCUGAUUAUUAUAACUAUACUCUACAAGAAUUUGAUGCUUUGUCAGGUAAAGUUAAUUCCUUUAACUUAACCGAUGCUAAGACUGGUAUCAGUUUCCCAAAUUCUACUGCUUUUUCUUUAUCUCCUCCUGUUAAACCAUUCGUUGGUGAAUUAAUUGAAAUCCCAAAUUUGGGUUGUAAUGAAGCUGAUUACAAAUCCUUGGAAAUAUUCCAUGGUGAACAAUUAGAAGAUAACAGCGUAAAGAAGAUCGCAUUGAUCGAAAGAGGUAAAUGUCCAUUCGGUGUUAAGAGUAAUCUAGCUGGUAAAUACGGGUUCCAUGCUGCCGUCAUUUAUGAUAAUGAACCAGAAAAUGGCGGUGAGGGACUUCAUGGUACAUUAGGUGAACCUACUAAUACUACUAUUUCCACGAUUGGUGUCUCUUAUGAUGUUGGUGUCUUAUUGGUGACAAAUAUUGAAAUAACAAAACAUUAUUCUGUUAAGUUUGCCAUGGAUUCCACUGUCAGUAAUAUUAAGACUAAAAAUAUUAUUGCUGAUACUAAACAUGGUGACCCAGAAAAUAUUGUCGCACUUGGUGCUCAUUCUGAUUCUGUUGAAGAAGGUCCAGGUAUCAAUGAUGAUGGUUCUGGUACUAUUUCUUUAUUGACUGUUGCCAAACAAUUGACCCAUUUCAAGAUUAAUAACAAAGUUCGUUUUGCUUGGUGGUCUGCUGAAGAAGAAGGUUUAUUAGGUUCGAAUUACUAUGCAUACAAUCUAACUCAAGAAGAAAAUAAUAAGAUUAGAGUCUUUAUGGAUUAUGAUAUGAUGGCUUCACCGAAUUAUGAAUAUGAAAUUUACGAUGCUAAUAAUAAAGAUCAUCCAAAGGGUUCUGAAGAAUUGAAAAAAUUGUACAUUGAUUUCUACAAACAUAACAAAUUAAACUAUACUUUGAUUCCAUUUGAUGGUAGAUCUGAUUAUGUUGGAUUCAUUGAAAAUGGUAUCCCAGCUGGUGGUAUUGCAGCAGGUGCUGAAAAGAAUAACGUUUGGAAUGGUCAAGUCUUAGAUAGAUGUUAUCAUCAAUUAUGCGAUGAUCUAACCAACUUAGCUUGGGAUGCUUUCCUAAUCAACACCAAAUUAAUCGCACAUUCUGUAGCCACAUAUGCUAAUUCCUUUGAAGGAUUCCCUCUAAGAAACGUUAAUGGAACUGUCAAUACAACUGAAACUUCUGUCGCAAGUACUAAUAAUGUCUACAACGAAGUUCCAGUACCACAAUUCAAGUACGCAGCCGACUACCUUGUCUACUAA